GAAGAUAAAUAUAAAUAAAAAUUUGUAAACAGACGAAUAAUUCGGAAGUUAGAAACGAUUUAUCCAUUAUUCAUCCAUAUUUUUAUGAAUCAGCUGGAAGUUAAAUUCAAGUGGUUUGCUUCUCAUUUUAUAAAAGUAUAUAUAAUGGGCUGUAAACCAGCCACUGUUAAGGACUUGAAUAUUCUACAUCUAAGUGAUAACUUCUUAGUUAUAAACAAAGCAUGUGACAUUCCUAUAAACUCUGAUUCUGAGGAACAGCAUCCAGUAACUGUUGCAACUCAAUUGAAAUAUAGAUUUCAUGAUUUGUAUGAUCCUACAGUAAAAUUUGGCUUUAGGUUUUGUCAUCGCUUAGAUUAUUCUACAAGUGGAGCAUUAGCUAUUGCAUUAAAUAAAAAAGCAGCAAAAGAAAGUACCAUUGCUUUCAAUUCUAAAAAAAUUGAUAAAUAUUAUUUGGCCUUAGUCCAUGGGCAUGUUCAAGACAAUAUGGUAGAGAUGGAUCAAUCUAUUGGUGUUGAUUCCAGAUCAGAUUAUUCACAUCGAAUGUGCUCCUCAGAUAAGGAAUACUGUUUAAAGCCCAGAUGGGCAAUGUCUAAACUUUUAGUUCUGCAACGAGGGUUGUAUACUGGUAAGCCUGCAACCAAGGUGCUAAUGAAGCUUAUUACUGGUCGCCGUCAUCAACUGCGGGUGCAUUGUCAUGAACUGGGACAUACUAUUAUCGGUGACUAUACUUAUAGCAAUAGAAAAGAUGUUUUCCCUUACAGGAUGUUUCUACAUUCCUAUCGCUUAUAUAUGCCAACCAAUAUUGAGACCCUUGAUAUUUUAACUGAUGAUCCAUUUACUGAACAUGAACCUAAAAAUGAAUGGUGUCCUACAGAAACAGUUUAUGAGUUGGACAAAGAAGUAUUUUCCUUGUUUAAAGAUGAAUAUUUUGUUGUUGGAAAAAUGAAUAAAUAAAUGUAUUUUUAUACGAAAUUAUUGCAUGGAAAUUUUUAUUAUCA